AUGCCGCACUCCGAGCAAGACGGCCCUCUGGCCAAGCGCCAGAAGCUCGCUGUGUCUCAGAAGCCCUCGGCUCAGAAGCAACAGUCGAGGAUAUUCGCCCCGUACCGGACGAUAGGACUUGUCUCGCCAACGAAUGUUCCCUUCACAACUGUUCCUUUGGGAAAGACAACCUUUCAAUUGACAACGUCGGUCGGCCGCUCUCUGCAGACCUACGACUUGCGACGCGGUCUCAACCUGGUCUUUAUCACCAGGCCACAAACGCCAUUUGACAUUACCGCCACACACGCUUGGAGGCAGAAGGUCUUUGCUGCUUUCGGAGAUGCGCGCAAUGGAGAAACACAGGGCCUUUGGGUUCUGCAGAGAGGUAAAAAAAUUGCUGAAUUAGAGCUUCCGCUGGAUCUCGAAGAGCCCGUCAAGCAGAUCUUGGUGUCCGGCUCUUGGAUCAUUGCGGCUUGUCUGACCAGAAUCGAGGUGUGGAAGACGGAAACACUUGAGCACUACACAACGCUGUUCACCAUGGCCGCAAAAAAGGGCGACAAUGAGAUCAGCGGUGGCAUCUGCACCAUGCCAACCUAUCUCAACAAAAUCUUUGUCGGUCGACGGGACGGAUGGGUGGAAAUCUGGAACGUUUCGACAGGCAAGCUCAUUUACACCAUUGUCCCGCCAUCUGCAGAUUGCGGCGCUGUCACUUGCUUACAACCUUCGCCGGUUCUUUCCCUCAUGGGUAUCGCAUACUCAAGUGGCCCACUCAUCGUCCAUAACAUCUUGACAGACAAGACAGUCCUUCGAGUCAACGCAGGCACAGAAGACGCGCCCGUGACAGCCAUCACUUUCCGAACCGAUGGUCAGGGUGCAGGACAGGAUGGACGAAAGGAUGGAGUUAUGGCUACCGCAACGUCAGCAAGCGGCGAUGUCACUUUCUGGGAUCUCAACAAGGGAGGUCGAGUUAUGGGUGUCCUUCGAAGUGCGCACAACCCGCCUUCUCGAGAUGGACCCGCCGUGCGUGGGGGAGUGAGCAAGAUCGAGUUCCUUGCAGGACAGCCCGUCAUUGUCACCAGCGGCCGAGACAACUCCCUCAAGACCUGGAUCUUUGACGAGACUCCCUUUUCACCGAUCCCGCGCAUUCUUCACUCCAGAAGUGGGCAUGCCGCCCCAGUAACUUCUUUGCAAUUCCUGCCGUCCGACUUUGAUGGCGCGGAUGCUGGGAAUAAAUGGCUGCUCAGCGCUGGUCAAGACAGGAGUUUGUGGGGCUGGAGUCUUCGCAGAGACGGGCAGAGCACAGAGCUCAGCCAGGGCGCUAUUCGCAAGAAGGCCAAGAAGUUUGGUCUCCUGGCUGGAGACGUUCUCAAGAAUGGACCUACAACAACGCUUGAUGAUCUCAAGGCACCAGAGAUUACCUGCAUUGCCUGCUCCCUCAACCGAGACGGUGGCAUGGGUGCCAUGCCUGGAAAGCAAGCCAUGUGGCAAAAGUCGCAAGAUCGCAAGAGCAAGCCCUCGGAUGCGGAGCUUAGUGGCAUGACUGGAUGGGAAAGCGUCGUGACGGCUCACAAGAAUGACUCUUAUGCUCGCACUUGGUUCUGGGGCCGGAAAAGAGCAGGUCGGUGGGCUUUCCCGACUGGUGAUCGGACAGACGUGUCGACUGUAGCCAUUAGUCCGUGCGGCACUUUUGCCGUCAUUGGAUCCAUUGGCGGUACCAUCGACAUGUACAAUCUGCAGUCAGGAGUGCAUCGCCAGAGAUAUCCUUCGACCUUGACACCGGCUCAAGCGAGACAGGCCAAGAUGCAGCAGCUCAGACAAGCUGAUAGUAUUAUGCAGCUCGAUGCAAGGUCGACGACUGGCUUUGCUGCCGGUGUUGGCAAACAUACGAAAGCAGUUACUGGCAUCAUCGUUGAUUCCAUGAACAACUAUAUUAUUAGCUGUUCUCUUGACGGGAAGAUCAAGUUUUGGGAGUUCUUGACUGGAAGGUUGAAGCAUGAAAUUAGCUGGGCACCCAUGACAGCAAUCACUGGAUGCCGAUACCACGCAGCAAAUGAUCUGAUUGCAUUCUCGUGCGACGACCAGUCGAUAAGAGUGGUAGACAUUGAAACGAAGCAGACGAUUCGAGAGUUCUGGGGUUGCCAAGGCAAGAUCAACGACUUCACAUUCUCUAAUGAUGGACGCUGGAUUGUGGCGGCUUCGCAAGAUUCCAUUAUCCGUGUAUGGGACCUGCCGACGAGCCAUCUGAUUGAUGCUAUCCGUUUGGAACAGCCAUGCACUGCUCUGGCCUUCUCUCUGACUGGUGAAUAUCUGGCUGCUGCGGCUGAAGGCCAACUCGGGGUCAAUGUGUGGACUAACAAGACAUUGUUCACGCACGUCCCCACUAGACAGAUUUCCGAAAAGGAGAUUGGUCAGGUUGAUGGACCGACAACGUCUGGAGAAGGCGGCCAAGGAUUGAUUGAUGCCGCAUUCGAAGAAGCGGCGCCGGCAGACGAAGACACUGUUGCUGCACCAUCUCUCGAUCAGCUGAGCGCCGAAAUGAUGACUCUCAGUCUUGUACCACGAAGCAGAUGGCAGACGCUCUUGCAUCUCGAUCUCAUCAAGAAGAGAAACAAGCCUCAGGAAGCACCUAAGCAACCCGAGAAGGCACCAUUCUUCCUGCCUUCCACCACCAACUCAUCUGUGCCCCAGGCCGGUGCUAUUGCAGAGGCCGGUGAUGCUGCCACAAGUCAAUCAAGGAUAACAAAGUUUGACCGAUCCUCUCGCAGUGAAGAAGCUUUCACAAGUAAGCUGAGGAAUGGUGCAGAGAGCGGAAAUUACGAUGAUUUCAUUGAGCAUCUCAAGUCCCUUUCGCCUUCCAGUGCUGAUCUCGAGCUUCGAUCUCUAUCCGCGAGUGAAGUUGACGAAGACUCAAACGAGCUGCUUCAGUUCAUUCGAGCCUUGACCAGCCGGCUCCAGUCCCGCAAAGACUACGAGCUGACGCAAGCGUGGAUGACGGUGUUCUUGCGAUUGCAUUUUGACAUGAUUAUGGAGAGCGAUACCCUGAUGGCGGCUUUGCAAGACUGGAAGAGGCACCAGGCCGAAGAGUGCGAGAGGCUCAACAACCUCGUGGGUUACUGUAGUGGUGUUGUCAGCUUUUUGAGAAGCCCGCGCACUUGA